AUAUUUUAAUUUUUUUUUUUACUAUUGUAAAUCAUACGACAUUCAUCCAUGCUUUUCCUUGUGGAUGGAUUUAAGUGUCUUCCACUGAGAUCUAUGGUGAGUAGUGGGGAUUCUGUGGCUUACUAGAAGGAAGCUGUUACUUAUAUAAAAGGCCAGCCUCACUAUAGACUUCAGUACGAUAUUUGUCGUUGGUAAAUCAUUAAUUCUUCACGCAAAAGUCAUUUAAUUUAUUGCCAUUAAAGAUAUAUUGUCGAUCAGUGAGAUUCUUUGAAAUAACAUAACUGACAGUCACCUGCUUUUGGUUCCGCGAUACAUUAUCGGAUUCAAGAUGGCAGCAGCCGAGCCGCUAAUUGUUGAGUCGGUACAUAUGUACGAGAAGGAAAAUGCUACACCUCAUCAUACCUGCACGUUCGAAAUGGUGCAUUUGGAUCCGCCAAUUCCGGUGUUGAGAAGAGGUCAAGCAUUCGCGAUGGCCCUUAGAUUUAAUCGUGAAUACGUAGACGAGACGGAUAUUGUUAGACUCCGUUUUAGUUUUGGACCAAAUCCAAACGUCCUGAAGGGAACCAGUGGUGUCAAUAAGGUGACGAAUCAAGAUAGUUAUUUGACUGAUCUUGAAGCCUGGGGUGUUCGUAUGACUGGAAUUAAUAAGAAUGACCUGUCGAUCGAGGUCAGAAGUCCUGUGGAUGCUCCAAUUGGAGUAUGGCAAUUAAAAGUUGAGACUACCACCUUGGGAAACAAAGGGCCGCCAAAUACUUUCAAUUACGAGAAAGAUAUUUACCUGCUUUUCAAUCCUUGGGUCAAAGAGGACCUCGUAUACAUGGAGGACGAACAAUAUCUGGAUGAAUACGUGUUAAACGACGUCGGUAAGAUCUGGGUUGGACCUUGGGGUAGUGCACGUGGCAGAGAAUGGGUCUUUGGACAAUUUGACGCGUGCGUACUUCCGGCCUGUCAACUUCUUCUUGAAAGAUCAGGAAUUAAAGCUGCAUCCAGAGGCGAUCCUAUUAAGAUGGCGCGAGCCAUUUCCAGAAUUGUCAAUUCUAACGACGACAAAGGUGUACUUACUGGUCGUUGGGACGGCAACUAUGAGGACGGUACAGCGCCUUCCGAGUGGACCGGAAGUGUUCCUAUUUUAGAACAGUUCUUAAAAACUGAAAACGAGGUCCAAUAUGGACAAUGCUGGGUGUUCGCAGGUGUCGUCACCACUGUCUGCCGAGCACUUGGACUUCCGUCCAGGGUCAUUUCUAAUCUAGUAUCGGCUCACGAUGCAAACGCAUCACUUUCUAUCGAUCGUUAUUACAAUAUGGAUAACGAGGAACUUGAUUACGAUCCUGAGAAUUUUAUGGGAGAGGACUCAAUAUGGAAUUAUCACGUAUGGAAUGAUGUGUGGAUGGCAAGACCGGACUUACCCAAAGGAUACGGUGGCUGGCAAGCUAUAGAUGCGACACCCCAAGAAACCUCCGACGGGUUUUACCAAUGUGGGCCAACUUCGGUCGAGGCCAUUAAAGAAGGUGCCGUUGGUUACAAUUAUGACGUUCCCUUUAUGCUCGCUUCCGUAAAUGCAGAUUUUAUGAGGUGGAAGGAAGAUCCCGAGAGCGAGUUCGGUUAUAGCAAGAUCGACUGUAAUAAAUACCACAUUGGUCGCAUGAUACUUACUAAAGCUCCUUGGAUUUUUGAUCCUAAUGGGGACAAGGAUAGAGAAGACAUUACAUUAUUGUACAAAGCCAAAGAAGGAACGAAGGCGGAACGUUUGACCUUAUACAGGGCGGUUCGUGGUACCGAGCGAGCCAAGAGAUUUUAUGCUUUGCCAUCUCCAGCCAAAGAGGAUGUUGAAUUUGAUCUUGUUGACAUAGACAGGGUCAAUAUUGGCCAGCCUUUUGCUGUCGUUGUUAAUAUUAAGAAUAAAUCAAGCGAACCAAGAACGAUACAGGCUAUACUGUCUGCUGGCAGUGUCUAUUAUACUGGAGUCAAAGCUAAUCUGGUGAAACGGGCUACGGGUGACUUUGUAGUAAAACCUAACUCCAGUGAACAGCUUAAACUUCGCAUCACUGUUGAUGACUAUCUGGAGAAGCUUGUUGAGUACUGCAACAUGAAGUUGUAUUGUAUUGCUACAGUUAAGGAAACGAGACAAACUUGGGCUGACGAAGAUGAUUUUCAAGUACUAAAACCCAAUAUCAAUAUCAAGAUCCAAGGCGAACCUGUAGUUGGGAAAGAAAGCACAAUUAGUCUGAGUUUCAAAAAUCCUCUUAAGAAAAUAUUAACCGAGUGUCGAUUUAAUUAUGCCGGACCUGGAUUAUCGAAGAACAAGAUUAUCAAUUUCAGGGAUGUUGCUCCAGAGGAAGUUGUUUAUGUGGAACAUCAGCUGGUACCUCAAAAAUCUGGACAGCAGAAAAUCAUUGCGACAUUCACAUCAAAACAGUUGGUUGACAUUACCGGCUCAGCUGCCGUUGAUGUUCUGGACGAAGAUGAGUAAAUUGUGAGACAAAAAUAGAAAGCUUUUUAUACAAAUUUAAAGUAUAAUCGCCGUAACUGUUGAACAAACAUUGUAUUUUUCUCAAUUUUUAUACGUAAUACUAACUAUUGUAUGAUGUACUUAAAUAAAGAGAUCAAAGUGAACUUCAA